AUGGUGCGUCAGCUGCACGACGGCAUGAUGGCGCGAGUCACGGACAACGGAGCUGUCUCAGAGGCAUUCGCAGUGACCAACGGAGUGAAGCAGGGCUGUGUGCUGGCGCCUACCCUCUUCAGUCUUAUGUUCUCUGCCAUGCUGAUGGACGCCUACCGCGACGAACGCCCUGGAAUCCGCAUCGCCUACAGAACGGACGGUCAUCUCCUGAAUCACCGGCGCAUGAACUUCCAAUCGCGCGUAUCUACAACCACCGUGCACGAACUCCUCUUCGCCGACGACUGCGCCCUGAACACCACCUCGGAAGAGGAGAUGCAACGGAGCAUGGACCUAUUCUCCGCCGCCUGCGAGAAUUUCGGUCUGGUCAUUAACACGCAGAAGACGGUGGGGAUGCACCAACCUCCGCCCAACUCAGCCACAGCCCCUAACGCGCCGCAAAUCAGCGUGAAUGGGACCCAACUGCAAGUGGUAGAGAACUUCUUGUACCUGGGAAGUACCCUCUCCCGCAACACCAAGAUUGAUGACGAAAUCGCCAACAGAAUCUCGAAAGCCAGUCAAGCCUUCGGACGCCUCCAAAGCACAGUUUGGAAUCUCCACGGUCUCCAAAUGAGCACGAAGCUGAAGAUGUACAAGGCCGUCAUCCUGCCGAUGCUGCUGUACGGAGCUGAGACAUGUACGGUGUACACGAGACAGGCACGUCGACUGAACCACUUCCACCUCAGUUGUCUUCGUCGCAUCCUGCGGCUGAACUGGCAGAUCCGCAUCCCCGACACUGAUGUGCUGGAACGGACGGGAAUCUUCAGCAUCUAUACCAUACUGAGACAAAUGCAGCUGCGCUGGAGCGGCCACCUGGUGCACAUGGACGACGAGCAACUACCCAAACGACUCUUCUACGGAGACGUCGCGACGGGUUCUCGCCGCCAAGAUGGUUAAAUUCGUCGAUACAAGGACACUCUGAAGUCCUCCCUGAAGCGCCUGCAAAUCAACCCGACCAACUGGGAAGAGCUCGCCCGCGAUCGUCAGACCUGCAGGAGGACAGUGAAGACGGGCGUUGCUAUCUACGAAGCCAACCGCAUCGCUGCCGCCAAAUUGAAACGCGAAGCCCGCAAAUCACAAUUUUGCCCAGUCCGCAACGCCGACGCACAACCGCUGCCAACGUGUCCUCGAUGUCAACGGACAUUCCGGGCUCGAAUCGGACUUGUUAGACAUCUUCGGAUCAACUGUACCUCUCGGACCGCAACAACCACCGUCCCUCCGCUCGACUAUUUAUUGUCCUCUCUUCCGCCGCCUACCUCUGAUUACUCUACUGUCCCGCCAUCUCUAACCUCCUGCUCCUCCUCCUCCUCCUCCUCCUCCUCCUCCUCCUCCUCCACCACCACCACCACCACUGCCCCAACGGCGGCCGCUCAGGCGGCCGUCUCGCACGUCACCAACCCCGGCAAAACAACCGACACCAUUUCCACCACUGCCGACUCCAGCGAUGAGGAUCAGGACUACACCUGCCAACACUGCGACCGCACCUUCCCCUCACACAUCGACCUGGUCGGUCACUUGCGAAUCCAUCGCACAGAGACUGGCGAACCAGUGCCUGGAUCACUAACCUACACCCACCGCACUCGCCUCAACUGCCCACACUGCCCUCGCACAUUCACGCAUCGCAUGGGUCUAUUCGGCCACAUGCGUAUCCACGCGAGCGGAAUUGACCGCAAUCCCGAUACACCAACCACGCCCGUCAUGCCCAGCACCACCCUCGCACCAUCCGUCUGCGCCACCACCCCCACCACCACCACUGCCUCUUCUGCAGCUGACACCGACACCGCCGACUUCUCAUGCCCACACUGCCCACGCACAUUCACCUCUCGCAUCGGCCUGGUAGGUCACUUGCGAAUCCAUCGCACAGAGACUGGCGAACCAGUGCCUGGAGCACCAACCUACACCCACCAAGCUCGAAUCAACUGUCCACACUGUCCUCGCACUUUCAGGCAUCGUAUGGGCCUAUUCGGCCACAUGCGCAUCCACAACGACCUGCGGUAG